UUGCUGUGGGACGCAGGAGGGAAAGAUGGCGGCGGUGAGGCGCAGCUAAGGGCCAGAGAGAAGAGCGGGGCCGCGCCGCGCCCACACCCGCCGCACUCUCUCUCUCACUCUCACGCACAGAAAUACAGCCGGUAACCGAGAGGCGGCCAUGAGCCCCGCCGCCUCUUAAAGUCACCCUCCACUUCUUAAAGGGAUCACCCCCACCCCAGACUCUUAAAGGGACCCCCCACCCCGCCGCCUCUUAAAGGCGCCACCAUCGCCAUGUCCAUGGAGGAUCCCUUCUUCGUCGUCAAAGGGGAAGUGCAGAAAGCAGUUAACAAUGCCCAGGGACUGUACCAGCGCUGGACUGAGCUGCUGGAAGAUCCCUCCUCAGCCAGCAAGGAGGAGUGUGACUGGACAACGAAUGAGCUGAGAAAUAGCCUGCGCAGCAUUGAGUGGGACCUGGAAGACCUCGACGAGACUAUUAGUAUUGUGGAGACAAAUCCUCGCAAGUUUAACCUGGAUCCAGCAGAACUGAGCAAGAGAAAAGCAUUUAUCACAAGUACAAAGCAAAUUGUGAAGGAUAUGAAGGAUCAUAUGUCCAGUUCCUCGGUACAGGCAUUAGUUGAACAGAAGAACAGACAGGCUCUGCUCGGCAAUGGUGGAAGCCAGGGAUGGAGCUCCACUCCGGAGAAUAAGUACAGCCGGCUCGACCGAGAGCUACACACGGUGAAUUCACAGUACAUCGAUGAACAACAGGCACAGCAGCAGCUGAUCGUGGAGCAGCAGGAUGACCAGCUACAACUGGUGUCGGGCAGUAUCGGGGUGUUGAAGAACAUGUCACAGAAGAUUGGCAACGAGCUGGAGGAGCAGGCGGUAAUGCUGGAUGAGUUCUCUUACGAGCUGGACAGCACGCAGAACCGUCUAGAUAACGUCAUGAAGAAACUGGCCAAAGUGUCCCACAUGACCAGCGAUCGGCGGCAGUGGUGUGGAAUCAUCAUUCUACUCAUCAUCCUGCUCGUGGUGCUGAUAUUAUUUUUCACUCUCUGAUCGAGGAGGUUGACCUGAAGUUGACGUGAGAGGAAGUACAGGAUAGGACCGGGUGGGGAGGAGUUAACACUUUCCAUUCUGUGACGCGUACUUUUCAUCAGUCGUUUUUUCUCAGGUUUUUCUGUUGCUGAUGAGAAGGUUUCUCCGUGAAGAUGUCCACGUCAAUCUGACCAAUCUAAUUCUCACCGGCUUCCUUUGGCUCAUCACUUCUGAUGUCUGUUUGCCAAAGUGGGCCAGUGAAACAUGCAAGCCAGGCAUUGUCAGGGUACGCAACUGUGCUUGGGUGAGAAACCUGCUCCUCUGUAACUCUCCUUCAUCCUUCUUCACUGCUCAAAAUCUGUCACGUUCCAGGGUGAAAGUGUGGAGAGUGGAGACGCCAGGCAUUCUGCAGGGAGUGAGGGAGUUGAGUCUAACAUAAUCAGACAGUGACGAAGAGACUCUGUUCCUGUUGCCUGCGCUGACCCAAUCUCACAUACCCCUAAUACAUUUACCCAUCCCCCCCCCCCCAAGUGUUCACAAAGUCUGAGCAGAGGGAUUUUGAGAGGAUAAAGUGCAUUUGCUCUCAAGGUUCACUCUGUCAGACUAUCAACUGGAAUGUACCUAAAAAGUCAAGUUUUCCACAAUGGUUCAGUAGGUAAAUACACUACCUUGGGAGAAUCUCAGCCAAACUGACGGUCCACAGUUGUCAAGUUAGCUGAUCUCAUCUGAGGCGGAGAUACUGCAAUUAGCUUCAGCUUGUCCAGAUUAGGAAGAGGAAACAGCAGCUCAGGUUACUGUUUCUGAUCACUAUCCGGAGACAAUGUUGCAUACAUACACAGAUUUGUGUGUAACAGGCGUUGUCGAAGGAUAGUAUCAGGCUUGGCUGCGAUGCCCCCUGUGGCCCCAUUACCCUGCAGACAGGCCUGAUUGAGGAAUGAGCACUUAGCGCUUAACAGAAGGAGGCUAGGCUUGUGGAACCAUUUGCCAGCACGAGUUAGUGCCUUCAAGGGAAAAGCUGAGAGAGACAAAGUGAGCAUGUCUAGCCGUUUGUCUGUAUUUGAUUAUAUAGCUAUAAAGCUGCUGGCUACAUUUCUCACUGUAACAAGACUGAAGUACUCCAGCAUGUAGAGGCAAUCAACACUGACCCACCGGGAGGACAUGUUAAAGCAAGCCAGCUGUGGCUUCAAAUGUAGCCCCUGUGAAAAACUCCUCAUUAACUCUUGGUGUGCCACAGGUGUUUUUACAUACCUGGAAAUGCCUACGGACAUGUCUGUGGGUCAUAGACAUUACACGGUUGGACAUGCUAGUCUGGUGCAGGUUACAGGCAUGUUUAAAUGCCUGGACAGAUUGGCCACCACUGCUUUAGAGUUACCAAACCAAACUGAGAGUUCCACAUAUGUCACGUUUACAUGUCUUUGAAGGACAUGGCUGGACAAGCUGGUCCUGUUGACCACAACUAAACUUUUUAGAAGUGAAACAUCUACGAAUUGCCGCCACGUUCUGCAGCCUAUGAGGUACCAUAUGUUAAAUAACAAGUUGCUGCCGCCUCCUAGUUUAGUUAGUCCAGGCAAAAGGGAAACAACGUCAGAAAAUAUAUUCAAGGUAGAAAUUUAGUCUUGCAGAGAGAAUUAAGAGGAAAAGGUCUGGCCAGAAAAUUAAUUGCUAAUUUUUUUCAGUUAAAAGUAACAAAGACAUUCUUGACACUUUCUCCUAUAUUUUUGAGAAGAUAUUAGUGAUUGUUUGACCAUCACUGUACAUGACCAAAAAAACAUUCAAUAGGCCCAGGGAGACUGAAUGUGGUGGUUGGCAAAGGGUUAGACUGAUGCCGAGGGUCAAGAAUCAUUUCAGCUGUGACACUUCCCUUUAACCCUGCGCAGGGCUAGAACGAGCUAACGUUACUUCAAACAUACAUCCAUGUUAUUCCGUGGUUAUGUUUCAAGCAAGACAGAGUGCAGCCCAAUCGUGCACCACACACCAGGAACCCUGACCAAAUCACAACGUCUCUGCAACUUCUGUAUCUAAACCUUUUCUCUACACAAAUCAAAUUAGAACACAAGCCUCUUGAAACCCAGUACUCCUCACCUGGAUGUGAGUAAAAUGUCAUAUCUAUAAAGAUAACCAAGUAUAUUGCUGGGAGGAAUCAUUUACACUGGAUACUAAUCUUUACUGCAUCCUCCUCUCCCUCCACCCCCAUAAGAUGUAUUUGCUGACUUGUUUGAGUGUGUUUGUGUGCGUAGGUGUGUUGAAUGUCUCUUGCAUUUUGUUUCUGGAGCAUUCCUCAUUUGCCCAGACACUGCAACGGUUCAUUAUGUGUUUUGUACUGUUUUAAGUUUAUUCUUCAUAAGAGCUCCUGUGGCCUGGUACAGACCUGUGGGCUCUCUUCCUCUUGCUUGAAGAUAUGUUUUUUUGAGCACCCUCCAAGACUUGGCCAUUAUUUCUCCUUUCUUUCCUCCCCUCCAUUCUUCAGGUGGGAGGGAAAUAAUGGCAAAGUCUGCUCCUGUCCUCACCCAGUGCCCACACAAAGCUCCUAGCAGGGGUCUGUUUCUCUCUGUCUCCCUCACUGAGUUAGGUGCUGAGGCCCCAGGACUGAGAUCAGCAGUCUAAGCACCGGUGCAGAGCCCAACCAGCAACUUUUUGAUCCUUGUGACUGUAACAAGCAAGAGUUUCAAAUAAUCCCUGAAAGGUAUUAACAUGUUUUUAACAUUAUUCAAAGCAUAUUAAAGGGCUUAAAGCAUUCAAAGGGCUUAGUAAACCUGAUGUGUGGUGCGAGGCUGAGCGAUGUAGAUGCUCGAUCCUCAAGUCUCUGCUGAGAUAGCUGAUCUCAGCUGCUUGGGGUAGCAGUUGGCCUCUGGGCUGGGAGGUGAGAGAAGUUCAGUUGGGUUCCCACAGCUGAUCACAUUGACCCUGUUGGAAGGAACAGGUGUGUAGAUGUCAGGUAAGGAUGUCACAUGGGCUUAAUUAACCAGGAUGCCCUGCCAAAGCUCAACAGCAAUCCUUCCCCACAAAGAAUGGCUGCUUGAGGGACAUCCUAAGGCAGGGUGGCUGUUUCUGCCUGUGAAACUGCCCCAGCACAAGGCAGUUUUUUUCAGCAGGGAGAAGAGAAAAACACUGGGGAAGGGACCUGUUAGUUUCUUUCCUCUGAUGAAGUGAUGUAUAUGUAACAUUUCCAGUGCUGUAUUAUUAGCAGGAAGUGUGAGAUGAUUAGUAUGUUGGUUUGAAUCACAAACUGGUUUUGGGGGCGUAUUGCAGCUUUUGGAAACAUUUAAAUCGUGUAAAACUAUUUAAUUUAUUCCAAGCUUUCACCCACAAAGUGUAAUCAUGGCAUUCAUUCAGUCAAACAGUUCAUGAUGUUUGCUUGUAUGUCUGACAACAUUGUCAUUAAAAUUUACAAUAUAUUCUUGGGAGCUCAGAGAGUCCGUCCUGAUGUUACGUUCUGAAGGUAGUAUGAUGGAAAUGGUAAUAAACUGAGAAUUCUCUGUG